AUGGAGUUUGACGGACGGGAAAAUUUGGAGGAACUGGACGACCGGUCCGAAACAGAUUCUUCGCCAGUUCCUUGGAUUGCGGUUAAGCAGGUCUUGGCUCCUACCAACCUGAAGGCCAAACGAUGCGCUGCGCCGCUGGAUUUGGGCUAUCUACAACCACCAUCCCUCAACUCAGUCACCGCCUUGCAGAGUCCAAGCAGUAGAUUCAUUUUUACAUUCGGUGCGACUAUCCAAAGUCCUGUAGGUAUAGCUUUCAGUGAAAAGGAGCGCGCCGGAAAAAUCUUACCCUGCCACAAAGUUUCUAGCGAUGGUUUGAUGCGCAUAUCCCCCGAGACAAUGGACAAACUACUAGAUGGAGUGUACAACAAUAAAAUUUCAAAGAAGAUGAUUUUUGAUUGUCGGUUCGGAUACGAGUAUGAUGGUGGACACAUUUGCGAAGCUAUCAAUCUCCAUGACAAAGAAGCUGCCGAGACCAUGUUACUGCAGGGGACGCUCUUCAAUGGCGGGCAGAAAGAUGUUCCUAUUCCUAGCGAAUCCGGCAAACCAGAUCCAAAUGGGGAAAUGAAGAAAGUUGUGCUAGUCUUUCAUUGCGAGUAUUCCGCCAUGAGAGCGCCGACUGUGGCAAAGCACUUGCGAGAGCAAGACAGACACAAGAAUAUGACUCAUUACCCGGCACUACAUUACCCUGAGAUCUACAUGAUACUGGAGGGCGGAUUCGCCAAGUACUUUUCUCAUUCUCCACAGCACUGUGAUGGUAGCUACGUGCGCAUGGACGACCCGACCCACCGAACUGAUCGGCAGAAGGAUCUCAAUCUCUUUUGCACCCGGGAAAACUCUGUGUUUGCGAGGACAAAGAGUUACACUUACGGCGAUAGCAAAAUUACCGACAGCCGGGAUCCAGCCCUCACCCUGAAUCCGAUACACCAUCGACCUGCUCCCGCUGACUAUCCCGCCCCCCACUACCACACCCACACCCCUCAAAUGCCCAUCCAGGAUGUCAAGAUCAGUAAUGCCUUGCUCCUCGCGAUGAACGGCGCCCUGGAACGGACGAAUUUCAAGCAACAUACUAAGAUCCGGACGCUGAAAGCCUGGCUACCCGCCGGUCCCCUCUGUCUCGGUCAGGACCCGCUCUUUGCCCACCUCAUCCACGCCCUUGUCCACAACGCCUCAAACGCACUCGACCCCCUCACCCCUCGGCUCCACCCCCCUGCUUCAUCCACCAAAACCCAGCCCGCGCAAGCCACGCAUAAAACCCCUCCACCCGCUCGCACCAAGUUCCUCAACCCGCUCGAGAUUGAAUAG